CCUGCCCUCCUCAUUUGAUUUCCAGCUGCAGAUAAUAUAAGCAGCAGUGUUCCAUUGUCCUCUACUGUCUCUGAAGCUUGGAAACUCAGAUGUAGGAUUAAAAAAAAAACCCACACUGUGUUGUGAGCUUCCUUUUGUUUGUCUCUGCUGAUGAAUCUGUUGUACUAUUAAUGAAUGCAGCCUUGAAUACUACCUUGAAUACAGUAUUGCAGAUAAUUAACAAUCUGAAUACUAGUGUCAGUUUACACAGCUGAGGACCCUCGACCCCGCUGCUCUAAUUAACACCUAGGCACUUCACUGCCACUGAGUGGGUUGAACCAUUUAGCUUGUUGGGCUUGUGUUCUGCUGUUACAAACCUGAAAGCCCUGUGUGACUUGGAGUUCUGCUAUUCGGCAUCUUGUAAUCCAUUGCGCUGGAUCUAUGUGAUGAACUGGACGAAUGAGUGAUCAGAUUUAGCGCCAUUUAAUCUGUCUUUUCGUUUGGUGCAGUCUGUGGAAAUUAAUGCACGCCCAUCUCUCAGUGAUGGAAUAAGUACGAGACGUUUGAGAGAACGCUUCAAGCACAAGCUUCGUUCUCCACUUAGUAUUCUUUUUUAACUUCGCUCUUCGUUUUCUCGUCACUUCGCUUGCGUUUUUGGAGUCACGCCAGUCUGUGUCUCCAGUGUUUUGUUUCAAGUCUCGAGUUUGAAGCCUCGAAUGAAGCAAGCCCCUUUGUUUCAGGGCGGCAGAUCACAGAAUAAGUGCUUUGUGGAAAGUGCUGGCCAGCGUAGUUUGAAGUAGCGGCGUGUGCCGCCUGACUGUUGCAAGCUCAUUCAUGGUGUGCCAGCUUCACAUUGAACGCUCUUGCUGACACUCAGCCACCACUUGACAGCAGACGGGUGGACCAAGUACCCAGGGUCAGGAUGGAGCGGUUCUUGAACAUGAUGAAACAAGUGAAAAGGACCAGGAGGAGAAGGAAAAGCAAGAAGUAUAGACCAGAGGAGGAUUACCACGAGGGCUAUGAAGAUGUUUAUUAUUAUGCUUCUGAGCAACUGCACAAUGAGGGGCAAUAUGCCAAAUCUACAAACCAAUCCAAAUCCGCAGAAGGCACACUGGCGGUUCGAAGACAAAGUAUUCCAGAUGAAUUUAUCGGUCAAACUAUAGUGGAGUUGAUGAAAAAGGAAGGCAGCACCCUUGGGCUUACUGUAUCAGGUGGAAUAGACAAGGAAGGGAAACCAAGAGUGUCCAAUCUACGACCUGGAGGAAUUGCUGCAAGAAGUGAUCAGUUAAAUAUUGGAGAUUACAUCAAAUCUGUCAAUGGCAUCAACUUGACAAAAUUCAGGCACGAUGAGAUCAUCAGUCUUCUGAAGAAUGUUGGUGAGAGGGUGGUCCUGGAGGUGGAAUAUGAACUGCCUCCUGUUUCUGUGCAAGGCUCGGGUAUUUUUCUGAAAACUGUGGAAGUGACUCUACAUAAAGAAGGCAACACAUUUGGAUUUGUGAUCAGAGGAGGAACUCAUGAAGACAGGAAUAGAUCCCGGCCAAUUGUGGUAACAUGUGUUAGAACUGGAGGGCCAGCUGACAGAGAAGGCACAAUAAAGGUUGGCGACAGGCUGUUGAGUGUUGAUGGAAUUCGGCUUCUUGGAACAACUCAUGCAGAAGCUAUGAGCAUUCUUAAACAGUGUGGACAGGAAGCAACAUUAAUAAUCGAAUACGAUGUAUCUGUAAUGGAUUCUGUGGCAAAUGCUUCUGGCCCACUGAUGGUGGAAGUGGCGAAAACCCCUGGUUCUAGCUUGGGCAUUAUUUUAACUACCUCACUAUACUGUAACAAGCAAGUCAUUGUCAUAGACAAAAUCAAGGCUGCCAGCAUUGCUGACAGAUGUGGGGCUUUACAUGUUGGAGAUCACAUCCUUUCAAUUGAUGGCACCAGCAUGGAGUAUUGCACAUUAGCCGAAGCCACACAGCUCUUAGCCAGUACCUCUGAACAUGUCAAACUAGAGCUGCUUCCAUACCACCAAACACGAUUUGCUUUGAAGGGACCAGAACAUGUCAGGGUUCAGAGGAGCAGCAGACAACUUGCCUGGGAGACCUGUGGAAGCAACAACGGCAACUUCCUCACCUACCAGCCCUAUAACACCUACCACCCUGGCCAAUGCAGGAUGGAGACCUCGAAAUGCCAGAAACCUUCUCCUCAAAACAAUCUCCCUGCUUUGGUGUCAACAUCAUUUCCUCCUACCUCCAUGAGUGCGUACAGCCUGAGCUCCCUGAAUACGGGCACCCUACCUCGCAACCUCUAUCCGACAAGUCCGCGAGGAACGCUGAUGAGAAGGAAAUUGAAAAAGAAGGACUACAAGAGCUCUUUGUCAUUAGCCUCCAGUACGGUCGGUUCCACAGGCCAGAUUGUUCACACAGAAACAGCAGAAGUGGUUCUAACCAGUGACCCAAUCGUCGGGUUUGGAAUUCAGCUCCAGGGAGGUGUUUUUGCCACCGAGACCUUGUCUUCUCCACCACUGAUUGCUUAUAUUGAACCUGACAGCCCAGCAGAAAGGUGUGGCUUGCUGCAGGUGGGAGACAGAAUUCUGACGAUCAAUGGAAUCCUCACUGAGGACAGCACGCUGGAGGAAACCAACCAACUCCUCCGAGAUUGUGCCAUUAACAGCAAAGUCACACUGGAAGUGGAGUUUGACGUAGCAGAAUCAGUUGUCCCAAGCAGUGGUACAUUUCACGUGAAGCUGCCAAAGAGGAGUGGGGUUGAGCUUGGCAUUACCAUCAGCUCACCUGCAAGCAGAAGAGCAGGGGACCCGCUCAUCAUUUCUGACAUUAAAAAGGGAAGCGUUGCCCACAGAACUGGAACUUUAGAACUGGGAGACAAGCUGCUCGCCAUAGACAGCAUUCGCUUGGAUAACUGCUCCAUGGAAGACGCGGUUCAAAUCCUUCAUCAGUGCGAGGAACUUGUGAAACUCAAGAUACGUAAAGACGAGGACAACUCAGAUGAACAAGAGAGCUCUGGGGCAAUCAUUUACACCGUGGAGUUGAAACGCUAUGGUGGUCCAUUAGGAAUUACAAUUUCUGGCACUGAAGAGCCAUUUGAUCCGAUAGUCAUCUCGAGUCUAACCAAAGGAGGAUUAGCUGAAAGGACUGGUGCCAUUCAUAUUGGAGACAGAAUAUUGGCUAUAAACAGCAGGAGCCUGAAGGGGAAACCAUUAAGUGAGGCCAUUCAUCUCUUACAGAUGGCAGGAGAAACUGUCACGCUGAAGAUUAAAAAGCAGCUUGAUAAGUCGAGUCCUAAAAAGUCAUCUGUAUCAGGCCGGAUGAGUGAAUUGAGCGAUGCAGAAGAUGACAUUUCUACUGGACAAAAGGCAGUCAAGCUUUGUGAGAUGUAUUCAGCAACGAUACCCAGUGUGGAUAGUGCAGUGGAAUCCUGGGAUGGAUCAGGCAUAGACACCAGCUACGGAAAUCAAGUUCCUUCUGGAUAUCAAGCAUCUGGCUAUAGCCUUCAUGCACAUGAAUGGAGAAGUGCUAAACUAACAUAUCCACCCGCCCACAGGCACAUUAACCUUUAUCAUGAUGUGGCACUGAGUGACGAUGAAUGGGAUAGACCCGCCACCAGUGGUUAUGCAGGUGGACACGAUGCACUAGAAACAGAUCAUGAAGAAAAUUUUUGGUCUCAAGCCUUGGAAGAUUUGGAAACCUGUGGUCAAUCAGGAAUCCUGAGGGAAUUGGAGGAACCUAGCUCCUCGUUAAUGAAGGCCGCCAACCAAACGGAUCUGAAUUUGCAAAACUUGGCUAUAUUGGCAACAAUCAUGUCGGGAAGCACCUUGUGUCUGAAUGAUGAAAGCAGCCCGGCACAUAGGCCACUGGGAAGGCAAUCAAGCUUCCAAGAGAAGAAUGCUGUCAGGGCACAUUACACCCAAGCUGCCCGUAGUAAUACUUUACCGUCAGAUGGCGUGAGAUCAAAGUCAUUUGCUAUUAGGAAGAUCAAGCAGGAAAUGAAAGAGAUUAUGUCACCAACACCAGUGGAGUUGCACAAGGUAACACUAUAUAAAGAUUCAGACAUUCAGGAUUUUGGAUUCAGUGUUUCAGAUGGCCUGCUGGAGAAAGGUGUGUAUGUCAACAACAUUCGGUCAAAUGGACCAGCUGCCCUUGGUGGUGUUCAGCCCUAUGACAGGUUAUUACAGGUAAAUCAUAUUCGUACCAGAGAUUUUGACUGCUGCCUGGUAGUGCCACUAAUUGCAGAUUCUGGCAAUAAACUCGAAUUGGUCAUCAGCAGAAACCCAUUAGCCUUCCAGGAGGUGCUCUCUGAAGAUCAGACGUCACAACCAGAAGAAUGGAAUGAGCAGAAUGAAGCUCAUACUUAUAGGCAACAGAAAGGAAGGCUUGGUAGUACAGAGAUCCAAGAAAAUACCAACACGUUGUAGUGCCAGCUAUUCAAUCCAAUGGACAGACGUUUUGUUCCCCAAUGGUGCUAACUCAUUUUGAACAAUGUUCAUUCGUGGGAAAACCCUCCUUAUCAACUAUUCGCAUUUUUCACAGAUACCAAGUGCACACAUUUCAUGAAUGAAUGGAAACUUGUUCCCUUCUCACAUUGCAAAUGACAAAAGGUUAACAGGUUUGACAGUCUAUGCAGGGCACAGCCAUGAAACAAAAACUCAUUGCCAAGAGUGUUUUAACCUACCCAUGGUGCUUACUGUCCAAAUUCUAAUUUUUUAAAUGAUAAACUACGAUGCUGCCAGCUGGUUCCUGGGCAAUAAAAAAAUUAGCAUGUUUAAAAACACAGAUUGACCAUUUAAAAAUCAUAUACAGAAACAACGGUAAAAUCUAGUGCAGCAUAGUCUUUAUCCAGAGUAAGUUUAAAAAUGUUUGAAUGAAAAUUAAAAAACUGCACAAUUACUAUUAAGCUAGUCUUGAACUAGUUUCUGGCCAAAGUUAUGUUCCUAUUGCUAUUAGCCUUUAAGAUGGUAUUCUGUAGGAGAGCUUUGAAGCAAUUCUUGGCCUUUAUUUAUAGCAUUUCCUUACGACAGUGAUCUGACAUAAUCAGAGGGACCCUCUUCUGUAGCACAGGAUAUUAGGGACUAAAUCUUAGUUAUACUUCUAUUAUCAAAACUACUGAUCUGCUAAAUAAUUCUUCAAUGUUAAAGUAAAAUACCACCCGAAUCCAAACACCACAGGUGUUCUCUGUGCUGGGAAUUUACAACCUCACCUUUUGCCAUGAAGAUUCUGAUAUUGCCAUAGAGAUUGUAACUGAUGAGAUGUAUCUGCCAUGUGGAUUCCUUAGUCUUAAAUCCCAUUCCAUUUACACACGUCAUCCUGAACCUGCUCCUUUGUGUAUUCCGUCUUCACAUUUUAUAGCCCAUUAUUGGGUUUGGUAACUAGUUAAGGAACGCAUUUGUAUUUGUAAAUGAUUGACUUUAUAAAUCAGUAUAACUGAAAUUUGAAUUUUACUUUGAUGUGUAUGAACUUAAGGCUGGUUAAAUAUCUUAGUAUUAUUGUUGCUUGUGCCUCACUCCUAAUAAUGGAUUGAAACAUAGGGGUGGUAGAUUCUAACAUUCUGACGAUAGUGGAGUGACUAACAGAAAAAAAGAUAUUAGUGUAUUCAGUAAAGCUCCAAUAAUCCACUUGCUACACAGCCUUUCGGAAAAUUCAUUUGUUUGGCAACUAUCUAACAAGGUGAUGUUUGUCUCAUUCCUUGUGGACUCACUAGGGCCUUGGUUUCUGUAAUCCCUUUAAGUUCACCCAAGUUCUGUUUACCACACUCCUUUUAAAACAUUCCAGGCUCACUGAGAUGAUAUUGUGUAACAUCUUUAAAAACAAAGGAACUGCAGGUGCUGGUUUGAAACCUAAGACAAAGUGCUGGAGUAACUGAGCGGGUCAGGGAGCAUCUCUAGAGAACAUGGAUUCCGUUUCAGCUUGUAACCCUUCUCCAUACUGACACGUUAGAGUAAACAAAUUAAUAUCUAAUCUGUAAAAUUUGCUAGAUCAGGGCCAUUCAAUAUCCCUGAGUAUGUCAGAUUAAUGGAGUUUUACUUUAUAUAUCUGUUUAUUUAUACUAUAUCUGCUUCUGGUCAUAUUCUGCCUCGAUGAAUGUUAAAACCUACUCUCUUAUUUGAAAAUCAAGGAAAUAUCUCCACCCUCCUUUGAGCCAUUAACUGUACAACUACCACACUUGUAAUGUUACAUUUCCCAGCCUAAAUCCAUGAUGCAUAUUUGAAAAGAAAACCACUGCCAGCAACACGAAUACAGACAGCUACAACCUAGAUAUGAGAUUUGAUUCAUGUCCUUUGGACAAUGUAUUUUUAUUUGUAACAAACAAGUAUUAUAAACUGUAAAGUAUUUUUGUACAAAUUUCCUACUUUGGUAGCAUGAUAUUUAUCGUCUAAGGUUUUGGGAAUCUUCACUGCUAAUUUGUAUGAGAUAUGCAAGAUGAAAUAAAACCAUGUGAGACAAAA